GCGUGGCGUGGGCGCGCUGCCGGGUCGGCCCCCGCCGCCUCAGAGCCCCCUCAGCCGGGGAGCGGUGAGGGGGAAAGGGGGAGAGGAGUGCUGGUCAUGGCGCUGCUGCUGGAGCACGAGUUCAAGCCGCUGCCGGCUGAUAAACAGAUCGAGACUUUGCCCUUCCUGGAGGCCGUGGCGCACCUGCCGCCGUUCUUCGAUUGCCUGGGGACUCCCAUCGUCUACUCGCCAGUCAAAGCAGACCUGACUGGAAAUAUCAAGAAAAUCCGGGCGGUUUAUGACUCCAACCCUGCCAAGUUCAAAACGCUGCAGAACAUCCUGGAGGUGGAGAAGGAGCUGCACGGCUCAGCCUGGCCCAGGACAGGCGCGACGCUGGCGCUGAUGUGGUUGAAAAGGGGUCUGAAAUUCAUUCUGGUGUUGCUGCAGAGCAUCUCUGACGGGGAGAGGGAUGAGGAGCAUCCCAACCUCAUCCGGGUGAACGCCUUGAAGGCUUACGAGAUCGCGCUGAAGAAAUACCACGGCUGGAUGCUGCAGAAGCUCUUCACGGGCUCGGUCUAUGCUCUUCCCUACAAAUCCGAUUUGCUGAAGGCCUUGGAGAAGGGUAAAGAAGUCAAGGAAGAGGAAAGCAUAGAAAAAAUCCACCAGUUUCUCACGAGGGUCACUCCAAUCCUGGAUGCAAUUUAUGAGAUGUACACGAAGAUGAACGCUGAGCUGAGCUACAAAGCCUAAAGCUGGCACAGGAUUGGCACAGAUUAAAUAACAUGUGAUGGGUGUUACCUAUGUCUUCAUCACUGAGGCAGCUGGGGCGGCUCCCAGCUCUCCGGUGGCUUCGAUUCCUGUCUGGAUCUGCAGUGGAUAAUGUCUUUUCUAACCAAAAAAUAACAGUAAUUAACUUUCUAUUAAGAAUACGGCAAUAAAACAAUUGUGGGUGUCACCCUUGGAUUUCCCAA